AUGAUUACCUGGCUCAUACCGCGACCCAUCUAGUGGCGCAGGCCGGAAAGGUCUACGCCAGAGGUCGGCCAUAGAGGUCGAAGGUGGCACUUUUACUUUUGUUACUUUUGUUUUGAACUCUAUCGUCGACGAACUGGCUUUCGGAGAAAGGGCGUGGCGACUAAAUAUGAUGUCCCCAUCGAAUCUCAAUCUCUCUUACACAACUUCUUUCCAUCCACCAUCGACAUAUUCGUUGAUUGAUUGAUUUCGCUGUUUUCCUUCACUUCAACAUAUCAUCCAAAGCCCGAAUUCCUUACUCAAGAUGAGCUUCUCGCGCUUUCUCACUCGCACCCGGUCUUCCACCAAAGUCCUUCUCGGGGAUGAUUAUGUCGAAGUUGCUAGUAUGGAGCCCGUUGUCCCGGAGCCUCCCCACCUGCUUUCGGCAUAUAACGACCAACGCUUAAGACAGGGCUUAUCUUUCGCAGAUCAAACUCUCCGGCAGACGCAGAGAAAAGUCUCUCCCAUUACUGGGCACUGUUUGAAUAUUUACAAAACGACUCUGAAAGCGGUCCUGGAACAAGAUUACGACGGUGAAGAGGAGAAGGAGAAGUUGCUCGCGCAAGUGCAGACUUAUGAGCACAAUAUCUACACCAGAAGAUUACUCAAAGGCCCGCGGGACACGGCACAAGCAACGCUGGUGGGACGUUUAACCGAGCUUCGCCAAUAUGAAUUUGCAGCAAGAUAUGGCGAAUACCAGGCGAUUCUUUGUAAAAAGCUGAAGAUGCAUGCUCAGACAUUCCGCACCAAGAAUUUUGAGCAGCUCCAGGGCUGGAAUCGUUACUGGACCGAAAUCCAAGAAGACCUAAAAGCAGAGAAGCACCUGUACGAGAAGUUCAGUCUGGGCGACAAGAAAGUCGAUGAGGACGACGUGGCUACGACAUUAGCCGUCUACGCAGCCUGCAAGAACGGAGGCUUCUGCUUCGCAACGAUGCUAGGCAGCAUCGAAAUGUAUGCCAAUCGGAACAAGUUGCUGCACGCGCCGAUCCAAGAGAUAGCAUCUUGUGGGCGUUGGGGUGCCUUGCGAACUCUUCUACGACAAGAUCGGCUGGACGUGCCCACAGCAGUUCCCCCAAGCAUGACAGAGCAAAUUCCAAUUCUCCAGAAUAUCAUUGAUUCAUGCAUCGACGAGUUUUUUGACAGAUCAGGCGUUCCUGCGCUUGCGGACGACAGAUGGCGGAUCAGAGAGGAAGCAGAAAGGAAUGCAGCUCAGGAGGAGCAAAACUCUGAGAUUCGAAGAAAAAACAUCGAAAGGUCCAGGCAAAACAUUGUAGCUACCGCAGCAAAAGCCUCUUCAAAGCUAAUAGAUGACUACAAGAUGGCUCAGCUGGCCGUUCAAGGAAUGGGGAUCAAUCUUGAUAAUCCGAUCGUUCUGGAUACACCAACUGGGUCAAUUCCUCCUGAUUUGAAAUCACUCAAACGACCAAGAAACGAGGCAGAUCGCCUCGAGCGGGCUGAGAGGUUUAAACGUCAGAAGAAGGCAUGGGAUACUAUAAUCAGUCUUCAGUCGCAAUGCCAAAGGAGGUAUAAACAGUAUCAGGACGACUAUAAUACUGCAAAUCCUGCAAUAGAUCCAGCAACUUGGUUAGAUUUGGCACCGACACAGGACGCUUCACCGCCCAGCUCCUCAGGUUCUAGAUCUUCACAAUCAAGAUCGUCACAAUCAAGAUCUUCGGGGGAUCAGUGAAAUAGGCAUGAUGAAGGAUGGACGGGCGAAGGAGGGAUCAAGUAUGUGUUAAUGGAGUAUUGCGACUUUCAGAGGCUGAAAGCCUUCCUAAACUCUUGGAGUUCAGCUUGUUGGACCAAGUAUCGACGAGUAGGCUUGUCAACAAAAGCCAGGCCUAGAAUUAGUUCUUUAAGUAUUGAAUAAUAACAAAGG